CCUUCUUCUACUCUUCAACGAAGCAAUCAUCGUCGUUGAGCGUUUCCAAGCAUCAUCCACACCGUCUUCUUCUCAACAAUGGCGUCUCUCUUGUUGCGAUCUAGGGCAAAGCUCAUGGAGAAGCUCCUCUGUUCCCCCGCCGCUCGCUCCGCUGCUCCUGCUACCCGAUUCUUCAAUACCAAUGCUCAGAUGCGUGAUGCUGCCGCUGAUGAGCGGAGCCUUGAUGUCGAUCGCCGCGCUGAGGAUCGGGUCUUUGGCCGCCGUGGCCCUGCUGAGUUCCCCUCCUUCUUCUCAGAUGUACUUGACCCGUUUGGAACGACACGGAGUUUGAGCCAAGUGCUGAACGUGAUGGACCAAAUGCUAGACAACUCAUUCCCAGGCUCAUCUCGCGUAGCCACCAGAGCGUAUCGAGGGUGGGACGCGCGCGAGGACGAGAACGGACUGCACCUGCGCAUUGACAUGCCCGGGCUGGACAAAGAGCACGUCCGUGUCUCGGCCGAACAGGGCACUCUGGUCAUCAAAGGUGAGUGUGAGAGUGAGUUGGAGGAUGAGCCACCUCGUCGGUAUAGCAGCCGUGUUGAUCUCCCUGAUGAGGUUUUCAAAAUGGAUGAGAUCAAAGCUGAGAUGAAGAAUGGUGUGCUUAAGAUCAUGGUGCCUAAAGUUAAGGAGGAGGAACGCAAAGAUGUUUACCAAGUCAAGAUUGAGUGAUUUGCUGUUAUGCUCUCUGUCCCUCCUUGUUCAGGAUUUUACUACUUGUUUCCCCUGUUUUUUUUUUUCUUGUAGUUUUGACUGAAAGAACUCAAAUGUGGAGGCUUUACUUUACUUUUCUGUGUGGUAAUAUGUUCUGUAACUUUUGGCUAGAAUUGUUUUCCUGGUUGUUGUUGCUAAUCGAGUGAUUUGCUGUGAUGCUCUCUAUCCUCCAUGUUUAGGAUUUUACUACUUGUAAUAUGUUUUUUUUUUUUCUUUUGAUUGAAAAAACUCAGAAAUGUGGAUGUUUUGUAGUGAA